CGUUGCGACCGCCGCAGCGGAGUUCAGAGGGCCCGGAGGUGGGAGACGUCCCACACGGUGGCUGAGAUGUCGUCCACCGCGGCUUUUUACCUUCUCUCCACCCUGGGAGGGUACUUGGUGACUUCAUUCUUGUUGCUCAAAUACCCAACCUUGUUGCACCCGAGAAAGAAGCAGCGAUUCCUCAGUAAACACAUCUCUCACCGCGGAGGUGCUGGAGAAAAUUUGGAAAAUACAAUGGCAGCCUUUAAACAUGCAGUUACAAUUGGAACUGAUAUGCUGGAACUGGACUGCCAUAUCACAAAAGAUGAACAAGUUGUAGUGUCACAUGAUGAGAAUCUAAAGAGAUCAACUGGGGUAAAUGUAAACAUCUCUGAUCUAAAGUACUGUGAACUUCCACCUUACCUUGGCAAACUGGAUGUCACAUUUCAAAGAGCAUGCCAGUGUGAAGGAAAAGAUAACCGAAUUCCAUUACUGAAGGAAGUUUUCGAGGCCUUUCCUAACACUCCCAUUAACAUCGAUAUCAAGGUCAACAACAACGUGCUGAUAAAGAAGGUUUCAGAGUUGGUGAAGCAGUACAGACGAGAACACAUAACGGUUUGGGGUAAUGCCAGUUAUGAAAUUGUAGAAAAGUGCUACAGAGAGAAUUCAGAUAUUCCUAUACUCUUCAGUCUGCAACGUGUUCUGCUCAUUCUUGGCCUUUUCUUCACUGGCCUCUUGCCCUUUGUGCCCAUUCGAGAACAGUUUUUUGAAAUCCCAAUGCCUUCUAUCAUACUGAAGCUAAAAGAACCACACACUAUGUCCAGAAGCCAAAAGUUUCUCAUCUGGCUUUCUGAUACCUUACUAAUGAGAAAAGCCUUGUUUGACCACCUCACUGCCAGAGGCAUUCAGGUGUAUAUUUGGGUAUUGAAUGAAGAACAAGAAUACAAACGAGCUUUUGAUUUGGGAGCAACUGGGGUGAUGACAGACUAUCCAACAAAGCUUAAGGAUUUUUUACAUAAUUUUUCAGCAUAGAAAAGGAAAUACUCAGAAGCACUCAAAGAAAACAUGAAAAGACCUAAGGAAAAAAAAAACCCACAACAAGUUUGCCAUCAUUUUCCUAAGCCAUUUCCAGAAUGGUAAAGGUUUAAUCAUUUAAGUUUUUAUUACCUCAUUUUUAAGCUUGUCUGAGAAUGUAGAGACUAUAUAUUGUAUAUUUAUUUUAAACAAUAUUGCAUAUUUUACAUUUGUAAAUAGUUUGUUUAGAAAGAUAACUGGUUAUGAGAAGUAGAUUAUUGAUCAAGAGUUCUGUAUAUGAUGCAGUAUUCUAAGUAAUUGUAAAAUCAAAGACUCUUGGAUAAAUUUGACAUUUGCCUUCACUAGAAUAAGAUCAACUAAUUAGUAAAGCAAAAUUGUUGAAGGCCACUACAGCUAUUCUGAGUUGCCUUGUUAUUUCAGUACAUGUUAGUUUAAAAGGAAAUGAAAUAACAGUGAGAGGAGAUCUUAGAAAUCAGUGAUAUAGUUAUCUGACAAGCUGUACCUUGUUAACAGAAGGGAAGACUCAAAAAAACUGAAACUUUAUUACUUGAUCAGAAAUUAAAACUGUAGACAUUUAGAUUUCUUGGUUGCUGUUGUUAAUGGGGACAUUCUAUUUGGAAUCUUCUUCAGGUGUAACAGUGUUACCAUGUCCUUUUUUUUUCAUAAACAUUAAAAUUGGACUUAUUAAAUGCAAAUUAAGACAAGAUCCAAAUAGUCAUAUAUUUGUUUCCUCUAAAGACAUGUAAAUUUUCCACUUUUGGCAAUGAAUAACUGGGCCUAUAACUAGAUUUUAAAUAACGUCUUGAAUCCUAGUAAUCAUAUGAAACUGACGAAAAUACAUAUCAUUGUUUCUUUUUUUUUUUCAUAUCAUUGUUUCUAAUACACUAUAAACCGCCUGUUCCUGACCUGUAAGGAUUAAUUCUUCUGAAUAUUAAGUGGAAGCAGAAUUGUUCAAAGCAUCAGACAUCACUUUCUCAGCUUUUCUGAUGUGACUCCCUGUAAAUCUGUUUCUAAUCUUUUUCACUAAUUUUCAUUAUCUCUUUGGGAAGUCAAUCUACUCUGGAACAAGGCUCUCUUACCUAGAUUACAUCUCUCACUUGGAAUUUGCCAGCUAGCAACUAUGAAGGAUGAUCAUACUCCCACCUGUCCCUUGAUGACAUAAAUAACAUUUGCUUUUUUGUUUCAAUUGAAAUAAAGUUUUACAAG